AUGUUAGAUGAAAUUACUCAAGAUUAUGGAUUUAAUCGAGUCAUUCAAGUAUCUCAGUUAAUAGAAGAUUUGGUUUUUUCAAUCGUUCAAGAAAACGGAUUUAGAAACUGGUGGAGUGAUGAGAAAUCUAAUGCUGAAUUAGCUCGUAUAUUAAUUCGUAUUGCAAAUCUCUAUUAUAAUUGCUCUGCUAUCGUUACUUCUCAAUUAUAUCCUGACCAAAAUUGCACAUAUGAACCAAUCUAUUAUACAAAACUUGUUCUUAUUUUAUUUAGUCUUUUCGCUAUGAUGGAAGAUCUAGCUAGACAAGAUAAAAGACUCGGUCCUAGUCUUACAGAUUAUACAAUAAGUACAGAGUGGGACAAGAUAUCAUUACAAUCAGUCAUUCCACAAUUAGCUUUGCCAGAAAGGAAAUGGUUUGGCUUGAUAGAUAAUAUUAACGCAUAUUUUAAACUGUCUAGUACUGAUGUUGGUCGUUUAUUCAAAAAUGGUUAUCCUUUGUCAGGUUUGCCUAGCCGAAUUCUGAAUCAUUCACAUUAUAAAGAAUGUUUUGGUACACAAAAUUUCCUUGUAGAUGUUACUGAUAGAAACGUUUUCGGACAAACACUGCGUUUUUACGAAACAAAAACUAAAGAAUCUGUAAACAUUCGACUUAGUUUAUUGUCCAAUGAUAAAAUUUGGAUUGAAGCUAAAAACCAAACAUUUGUUUCGAAAAGUUAUUUAAGUACAUUACCAAAAUUUUUGCUGGAAAAUUAUACACAUUUCGAAAAUGAUAAAAUAACCUUUUAUAGUCAUUGGUAUGAGAAUGAUAAAAUAUUUAUAAAGAAUGAAGAUAAAAUAGUGAAAUAUGAAAUAGAUUUAAAUAAUAACGAAAUUUAUUCGAAUGAAAAUCAAAAAUUUCUUAUUCCUUUCACUAAAGAUGGAUUUGAUCGGUCAAAUGGAUUAUAUACAACAUUUUCUCGAUUUGAAGACGAAAAUUAUAUAUUAGCAUUAAAAAAUAAGAAAGAAGACAGUGAACCAGUUAUGAUUUAUCUACCAAGACUAAAUUUAAAAUUCAAAAUUGAAGGUACAAGCAUCAUAUCAGAAGAUUUUAAGGAUUAUUGUUUAAGUAAAGACCAGCAUAUUAAUACAUUAUGUGGAUUAUCACAGUAUUUAGUAAUAGAACCAAAUAUCCAAAGUGAUAAUCCAAUGAAAUUCAAUCGGAAAAUAAUUAUUCCUUAUCAUCCGAUUGAAAGAAAACAAUCAGUUUUCUCUAAUAUAAUAGAGUUUAAUUUGCAGAAAGUCGGAAGACCAGCAUAUUUUUCAUAUGAAAUCGAUCAAAAUUUAGAAUGUCUUAAUUCAGAAACAACAGCUGGAAGUCUUUAUCUUGCUCUUCUCUAUUUUAAAACUGCUACUUUAGAUCAAGAUUUGUUUCUUAAAAUGAAUGGUUAUGAAAUUUGCGCAGAAAUUCUUAAAACAUGUUGGCAAAAUUGUCAAUAUUCAGACAUAGAAUUUAAUAUUAUUUUAAAAUUUUUUGAAAAAUACAUGUCCAGAUUUAGAAAAACCUUGGUCAAAUUAUGCUGGUUCAGAAGAAUCAAUGUUUAG